UCACCUCCUAUCGUGAGGUUGUAAAUAUUCUUAUUUUUUAUAUAUGAAAAAUGGGAACGCAUAAAAAGCGGUUAAGUGUUAGUGCAAUUGCGAUUGUACUUUUUGUAGCAACAUCAACUUACGCAACAGAUAAAUGUCGAACCGGAUGUCAUGGAGUUACCCCCCACUUAUUUAAAUACCAAGAAGGCACAACAUACAAAUAUAAACUCGAAGGUAGCACGGAAAUCACAUUAAAUGGUGCCGAUCAACAAUCAACAAACACACGAAUUUCUGGAAAUGUCCUUGUCACACAAUUAAAAGAUUGUCAACAAUUGGUACGAUUGGAUAAAAUCCAAGUACAUGGACCAAAUCCAACGAAAUACGAUCUUGGUACUGAUUUGAAAAAAUCAGUCCGGAUUGUAUUCCAUGAUGGACAUAUCGAAGAUGAAAUUUGUACAGAACCAAAUGACUCACAAUCUUCGCUCAAUAUUAAACGAGCUGUUAUUUCAAUGUUACAAGCAGCCACAAAACAUAAGAGUGAAAUUGAUGUCUUUGGAAGCUGUCCAACAUCAUUCAAUGUCCAUAAAGAAGGCAGUACCACAAUUAUUCGUAAAGUUCGUGACUUGAACAGUUGUGCCUACCGUGAAGCUUUUGCACAAGAUUUCAUUACAUCAUCUUUUAAUCCAAAAUCUGAUAUUAAAUCAACUCCAUUAUUAGGCAGUGAUUACAGUUCUGAACAAACAAUUAAAGAUGGAAUCCUCCAAAAUGUCCUCGUAACCGAAAACUACAUCUUCAAACCUUUCAGUAUUGGACAAAAUGGUGCUAAAGCAAUCGUAAAUACGAAAUUACAUUUCGUUGGACAAUCAAAAGAAAAUGUAAAACCAAAACCAACUGAACCACGACAAAUCUUAUUCGAAAAUCCACACAUUGUAAACACUCCAGCCUCAAAUGUUAACAACUUAUUGAGUGCUUUAAAUAAAGCUUUAGAAAGUAGCACAGCCAAACAAGUCAUUUCAGCUAAUGCUGCACGUGAUUUUGCUGCUUUGGUAAAUACUUUAAGAGUUACAUCCAAAAAUGAUGUGCUUGCUGCCUAUGGUUCAGUGAAAGCUGGUGCCGGUGUUAAAGAGCACAAAAAUGCAGCUAAGAAACUUUUAUUGGAAGCUUUAUACCGUGCUGGUACUGGGGAUUCUAUUGAAGUAGCUAUUGAACUUUUAUUGAACAAAGAAAUUCCAGUUGAUCAACAACGAAUUUUAUACCUAAGUCUCUCAUUCGUAAAACACACAACAUCUGCAUCACUUUUAACUGCCAGUAAAAUUUUGGAUCAACCAAAUUUACCACGUGAAGCUUAUUUAGGUGUUGGUACAUUGGCUGGACGUUACUGUCGUGACCACAAAUGUGAAAAUGACCAUAAUUUAGAUCAAUUGACAAAGAAAUUCAUCUCGAAAAUCGGCAACUGUAAAUCAAGCAACCGCGACAAUGAAAACACUUUAAUCUCCUUAUUGAAAGGUCUUCGUAAUUUCAAUCGUUUAAGUGACAGUAUUUUAGAUAAUUUAAUCACUUGUGCUAAAGACAAAAGUAUUCCACCAAGAGUUCGAGUUGCUGCUUUGGAAACAUUCUCAGCUGAUCCAUCAAAAGCCAAAUUGAAGAAGGCAGCUUUAGGAAUUUUGAAAAAUCGCGAAGAAGAUUCUGAAAUUCGUAUCAAGGCAUACCUUGUACUAGUUCAAUCACCAUCUGGAGAUAUUGCAAAUGCACUUAAAGAUCUUUUGGCUACCGAACCAGUAAACCAAGUUGGUGCAUUCAUUGUAUCACAUUUACGAAACAUUCGUUCUUCCACAAAUCCAAAUAAAGAAGCAGCAAAACAACAUUUAAGCUUAUUACGAUCACCAAAACGUUACCCAAUCGAUGUCAGACGAUUUUCAUUUAACAGUGAACUUUCUUACGCUAUUGAUACAUUAGGACUUGCUGCCAGCAUGGAAUCAAACGUUAUUUACUCUCAAGACAGUUGGUUACCACGAUCUGCCAACAUUAACGUAACAAGCGAAAUGUUUGGAUCUAGAAUCAACUUUAUGGAACUUUCAGUUCGUCAAGAAAAUUUGGAUCGUUUGGUAGAACAUUAUUUGGGACCACGUGGUGUUUUACAAACUAGCAGCACAUCUGAUUUAUUGGAAAGUAGCAAAAAAGAAAUUUAUACCAUUAUGGAAAAACUUAAGCAACGAUUGGAAAAAACUAAACGAGGACGUCGCGAUGUUAGUGAAGCUCAACUUUUAAGUUUCGCUAAAGCAAUUAAACUUGGAACAACACAAGUUGGUUCAGCUUUAGAUGUAGAUCUCAGUGUUAAACUUUUCGGUUCUGAAGUACUUUUCGCUACUUUAAAUAAUGAAAUUGAUCGAUUAACUCCAGAAGCAAUUGUUGACAAAAUCUUUGACCAAAUUGAUUCUGGCAUUGAAAAAGUUAAAAACUUCGAAAGUGUUGUUGGAACACAUGUUCAAUUUUUGGACGUUGACAUCGCUUACCCAACUUCCACUGGUUUCCCAAUCAGAUUAGGUGCUAUUGGUUCUGGUGCUGUUCAAUUAGUAACCAGUACAAGUGUUGAUAUUCGUAAAUGUUUAUCUGACCCCAAAAAUGCCCAUGUUGCCAUCAAGUUAAUUCCAAGUGCAAACAUUGAAAUUGUUGGAACCUUAGUAAGUGACGCUUAUGCCGUUGAAUCCGGUUUAUCAGUAUCAUCAAGCCUUCACACUGCAACUGGUAGCGAUCUUAAUGUACAACUUCUUAACAAUGGUAAAGGUAUUGAUGUUAAAUUGGGAUUACCAAUCGAGAAACAAGAUGUACUUACCAUUAGCCACGACAUUGUCUAUGCUACCCGAGAACUUGGACAUCAAACCGUUGAAGUACCAAUUAAAUUCACUGGUCAACGUAAAGAAUACCGCGGUUGUUUCGAUCAAUUAUCAUCUUUGAUUGGUCUUACUUUCUGUGCUGAUAUUGGAGUUCCUGUAAACAGUUUACCUGGAGUCCCAUUAGGUGGAGUUAAUACUGGUGCUAGUCCCUUCCCAUUAUCAGGUCCAGCUAAAGUAUCAGUCCAAAUUCAACGUGACGAUUCAAAGGAUUAUCAUUUCCGGGCUAAUUAUAUUGACAAUCAACCAGACAGAAGGAAAUUGGAAUUAAGUUUCGACACACCAAACUCUAAAGUAAACCGUCGUAUCAACUUAGUCGUUGAAGGUGGUGUCCAACCUGACAAGUACAUAAAAGCCACUCUUAUUUCACCAAUCAAAACUGCCACACUCGAAGGACGCAUUAUCAAUACAAACCAAGAAAUUUCUGCUAAUGCAAAAUUAGCAUAUGAUAAUCAAGAAUACAGUGGUAAAAUUGGUGCUAAAGUUUCUGGAAAUGAUGCUUCAUCACGCUACACACCACUCAUUCAAUUCAAAACACCCCAAAAGGGUUCAGAUGAUGUCAACGGUUACAAAGUUGAUGGUGUAAUUAUUGUUGAAAAGAGUGCUAAUGGAAAGAAACUUAAGUUAGAAAACGUACGUUUAAUUAGUCCAGUUGGAAGUCCAAUUGGUGUAAGUGGUCAUCUUGCUAAAGAUGGUCCUAAGUACGAAGUUGAUUUAACUGUUAGCCAAGAUAAACAAAAAGGUUCAGUUAAGGCUGCCUUAGUGUUUGUUAGUCCAGAAAAUGUUAAACUCAGUGCUGAAGUUCAAAACAGCUUGAACCCACACUUAAACUUACAUAUUGCCGCUGAACAUAAACGUAGUGCAGGUCAAUUUGAAAAUAAAUUCGAAGUUGUACAUGGGCAAGAUUUAAGUGCAUCGAAAAAUAAGUUCAAACUUGAAAAUAGUGCAAAAUAUAAUAUUGAAAGCUACAAAAAAUACGAUGUCCAAACAAACAACCAAAUCGAAUACCCACUUUUGAACAUCUUACUUAAAGCUAAUGUACAUGUCACUUGUCAUUCACUCGAUUACGAUGUUGCUGCUUCAUACGAAAAAUUCAAGGCUGAAUCCCAACUUAAAGCUCACAUUAACAAGAAACAACAAGGUGAUUAUUACUUCGACUUGAAAGCAGAAGCUUUACAAAAUAAGUUCAAGUUAUUAUCAACACGAGACGUUGUCGGACCAUCCAAAUCCAAAUUCAACAACGAAAUGCAAAUACAAAACCGCAAAUACUCUCUAAAAGCUGAUGUUGUACAUCAAUUGAAAGCGAACGACAUCAAUGCCCAAUUAGAUGCUACAGUCGAAGCAGAAGAAACCGCCAAUCCACUUUUUAUUAAACAAGGUUUGGUAUACAAUCCAAAAGUAAUCGAAGCUCACUCUACCAUCAAGGAUGGAGAAACAAAACUUAUGGAUGCGCAAUUCACGACAAACCGGGCUGGAAAUGCAAAUGGUGCAUUGAAAAUCAAUUUACGAAAUAUUCUUGCCGCCGACGGUAGCUUAGUCGUUAAAGACGGAAAAGGAACAGCUGAUAUUACCGUUGAUUUGAAGAAAAUUAACCGUAAAGUAAAGGGAGACGCUUCAUUCCAUGUAGCCAAACCAGUGUAUAAUGCCAAUGUCAAUUUAUUAUUGAACGCCGAGAAGGAUCCAUCACAAAAAAUUUCUAUCAGCACCCAAAACAAGAUCACCGAAAACAGCAUUAAUUCAAAGAACAAAGUCGACGUACUUGGUCAAGUUCUCGAAGCAAAUGUAGACGGAAACAUUCAUGGAAAGAUUAACAACGGUCUUGUAACUGGUAAAUUCGAUGUAACUCUUCCAACUGGCCAAUAUCUUGCUGGUAAAUUAAACCGACAAUUAAGUAUUGUACAAAAUGUUGUCAAUGGACAAAUUGGUGCUGAACUUGAAGUACGUCUAAAGAAACAAGACAAAGGUCAUAAAUUGGUUGCUACUGCAGUCGUUAAAGAUACAAACUACGCUGACCAUAUUGUUGAUUUGUCUGGAUCAUUGAAUGCAAUCAAAAACGAUGGACAAAAUGUUCAAAUUAACGGUGGAAUAAAACACUCUCAUGCCGGUGAUAAACAUAAAUCAUCUGGAUUAGUUCAAGUUGGUGGAUCUCUCAUUAAAUAUCCAUCAGAAGGAACAUUCUCUGCUGAAUAUGGAAAGAACUAUGGUAAAUACGUAACUGACUUUGUAUCUAAAGUUGGAGCAAGUUUCAAGGCUGUAGGACAAUACGAUUUAGGACAUAGUACUGAAAACAAAUUUGGUUACAAUGUUCAAGCAUCAGUUAAAACACCAAAUGAGAAAUAUAAUGAAUUGACAGUUGAAUCAACAUCGACAAUGACAUGGGCAGCUGGUGAUUCUGAAUCCUCUGAAUUGACUACCUCUAACGCCCUUGGUGUAAAUAACAAGGUUGUUAAGUUAGAUGGAUCAGUUCGAGGCAAUAAAGAUCUUGGAAGUGGCAAAGUCUCUGUUCUUCUUACCGAUGGUUCACCUGUUACCAUUUCAGCUAAUUAUAAACGAGCUGGUUUGGAAUCUUGUCAAAUCGGUGUCGAUAUUGAACAAGAUGGCAAAGAUGGAAAGAAAGUGAAAGUAGGUCUUAAUAUCAACAAACCUGAUCACAAUCAAAUUGUUAUUAAAAUGAAUGCAUUAACUCCAGUUGAAAAAGCCAGAAAUGUUGAUUUGAGCAUCAACUUAAAGCGCUCUAGUGACAACAAAAACUUACACACUGACAUUUCAUUAAGUUCAAAUGGCAAGAAAUAUGGAUUAGUAAAUGAUGUACUCGUUUCAGAAACAAGUCCAAGCUUUGACUUAAAAUUAACCUACCCAGAAAAUCAAAACUCGCAAGUGUUUGCCAAAUUCAACCGUGUUAAUGAUCAACGUUUCAGUGGUGAAUUGAACAUUUUGAACAUCAAAGACUUCUCCUUAGAAUCAUCUGGUGAAGCUAACUUAGAAUCAGUUGAGAACUUCCACAUUAAAUUGAAUGUUAACUCAAAGAAAAUGAAUUUGGAAAAUGUUAAGGUUGAAAUUCUUAACAAACCAACAAAAUCUGGAAAACGAUUACAAUUCAGUGCCAAAUCAGGAAAUACAAAUCUAUUAUCUGGUAGCACAUCAUUAGAAUCUAAAGAAGAAGCUGGUAAAUUAAUUGUGUCAGGAUCUGGAGAAGUUCAAGUUAAAGAUAACAAGAAGAAGGCAAGUUUCAAACUUAUUCGCAAGAACUUAGAUGGUACUAAAGACGAUGAAAAAGGUUUGGAAAUUACUUUAGAUGGUUCCCUUGGAUCUAAGAAAGUUGUUGGUGAACUUAUCCUCAGUAACAAGCAAUUACAUUUACGCAAACAAUACUGCGAAGAUAAUCAUGACUGCGCUCAUAUUGAUGUCACCUCAAAAAUACAAGCUAAAGAUGUUAAAGAAUACCAUCAUACACUCUCCGUUAGCGUUGAUUUACGUAAAUUCGGUCUCAAGAAUGAAUUUGGUAUGAAAUCUGAAUACGCCCGCAAAGAAUUAGACAUCCAACAUGUAAUUGACUUGUACUUCCAAGAAAAAGAAAAGAUUGCUUAUCAAUACAAAUUCACUAUCAAUCCCAAGAAUGCUGUUUUACAAUUGACAUUACCAAAACGUGUCAUCUCUAUUGAAGGUGUUUUGGACGUGAAUAUUAAACAAGCACCUAAACAUUCUACAUCUAAAGUUGAACUUGCUGUUUACUUAGAUAAAGUACGUCAACCCAAACAGAGAUUAUUGUUAAGUGCCAGCUCCAAUGUUCAUGUUGACGAACAAAAAUCAGCUGCUGUAUCUGGUGAAAUUAAAUUGUCCCAUCCAGCUCUUGAAAAAGAUUUAAUUCUUAGUGGAAAUGCUAAUGUUAACAAAGAAACACGUACAGCCACCUACAACGUAGACAUUGAUGUCUUUGCUAAAAAACAACAAAAAGUCACCAUUAAAGGAACAGUUACAGGAACACCAAUCGGUGAAAAGGGAUACAACGUCACAAGUGAGAUUCUAAUUGACAGCAAAGGAUCAAAUAUUCAUGCAAGCAUUCUAGAUCAUUUCGCCGUUUCCACAAAUGGUAUCUCUGCUGGACAUAAAGCAACAUAUACAGAUGCUAAACAUAAACGUGAAGCUGUAUUUUUAUUGGUCGCAAACAAGGAACAAUUUGAACUUGUGGCUCAAAUUCCAUACGUACAACCAUUACAUAUUAGUUCGAAAUUACAAGUUACCAAGAAAUCUUUAGUCGCUCACUCAAGCAUUGAUAUCUGCGGAGUGAAACAUAUCAUUCAAGAACUUGAAAUUAAAGACUUUAAUAUGAUUCAUGUCACACAAUACUCGAAAGAAUCACCAUCUGAAAAAUUAAGUGGAGCUAUUGGUUUAAUACCCGGCCAACUUGCUGAAAUUCGUGCUGAUGUUGUUAAGGGUGGUAAAAAACACAAUUUAUUCCUUGCAACUUUACAUUUAGAUGACGCACAUUUCUUAGCAACUGAUACCAAUGCAGAUAUUGAAGCAAUUAAGAAGUAUGCUGAUUCUAUGAGAAAGGAAGUUGGAGAUGUAUUUGACGAACUUAAGAAAGUAGCUACCAAAAUGCAACAAGAUAAUAAACUUGAACUCGACCACAUUAAGGAACAAGUAAAGAAAGUCUUACCUAACCUCAAACCAAUUGUUGAUCAAUACAAAAAACAAUUACAUGAAUUACGAGAAGAAAUUGUUUCUGACAAAACUUUGAAAGAAAUUGAAGAAUUAAUCAAAAAUACAUUUGGACCAACACUUGCUGCAAUCAGUGAAUUGCUUAACAACAUUGCUGCAGUACUUCAAAAAUUCGAGGAUGCCCUUACUGAAGCCAUUGAAAAUAUCUAUCAAGUUUUCAAAACUAAAAUAAUACCACAAUUACAAGACAUUGCAGAAAAAUUUGAAGACCUUGUACAUGAAGCUGCCAAAUCACUGGCUGAUCUUAUCUUCUUAUACAUCGCUAAAGUUAGUGAAAUCAUCAAAGCACAUGAAGCAGACUUCAAGAAACUUGCAACAUCAAUCAGUGAAAUUGGACGUGAAUUAGGACUUACAAUUGCUAAAGCAUUAUCACAAAUUAAGGAGGAACUUACAAACUUUAUUAAUGCUCUUGUUGAACAAAUUAAAGCACUUCCAGUAACCGACAUCAUUAAAGAAAAAUACGCCGAAUUAACUGGCAGUUUGAAUUUGGGUGAAGAUAUUUUGGAAGUAUUGAAUGAAUUUGUAAAUACAAUUAAGGGUGUAUUACCAACACCAGAAUUCCAAGAAGUUGUUCAAAUGACAUACGAUUAUAUUGCGAAGAAAUUGAAGAAAGAACAAGUUGAUGAUGCUGCUUCACUAAAACAAAUUUACCACGCUUUAGAACGGGCAGUGAAGUCAAUCUUGAAAUUAUUGCAAGCUGAAGGAUCAGCUGAAGCUUUACAAAACUUAAUGAACACUAAUAUUCCAUUAUCUUUCGGAGCACUUACCAAGAUUCCAACAAUGAUCUCAAUUCAACUCAGUCCACUAAGAUACAUCUUCUCAGAUGAUUUACCAUCAUUAAGUGAAAUAAUCUACUCAUACCGACCAAGAUUUAAUCCAAUCGACAAUCUCCCACCAUUCAAAUUGAAUGCUAUGAUUGUUGAUGGACAACACAUCUUCACAUUCGACCAACGUCACAUUACUUUACCAGGAAAAUGCAAUUACUUACUUGCUCGUGAUGCUCUUGAUGGUAACUUCACUAUCACCGCAGAAUUACAAAAUGGUGAACUUAAAUCAAUCACAUUAUCAGACAAAUCUGGUAGCCUUACCGUUAAGAAAGAUGGAACAUUAGUUAAAAACAACGUACCAACUGAAUAUCCAGCUGAAACUGAAACAUUAGCUGGUUGGAGACGAUACAGUAGCAUCAACCUCAAAUCCAAGUUUGGAGUGACCCUUAAGAUCUCACCUAAUUUACGUAUCAUUGUUGUGGAUGUCAGUGGAUUCUACAGAAAUCGUAUUCGCGGUAUCCUUGGUAAUCCAAACGAUGAAGAAUAUGAUGAUUUCGUUUUACCAAGUGGAAAGAUUGCAAAAUCUGAAAGUGAAUUUGCUAACGCCUACAAACUUGGAAGUUGUCCAGAUGUAAAAGUACAAGAGCAUGCAGCUAGCCACAAUUCUCCAGUAUGUAGCAGCUUAUUCAGUAGUGAAUCCUCAUUAAGACAUUGUUUCCCAGUUAUCAAUCCAAAUAACUUCAGAGCAGCUUGUGAACAUGCUGUAGCCGCUGGAAGCCAAGAUAGUGCAUGUUGGUUAGCAUCUGGGUACACUUAUGCUUGCCAAGAUGCUGGUUUACCCGCUAAGAUUCCAUCAUCCUGUGUGAAAUGUGACUUAGGUGAUGGAAAGAAAUUGAACUUUGGUGAAACCGGUACUGUUCAAUCACCCAAAGGAAAAGCAGACAUUGUCUUAUUAAUUGAACAACUUAAAGUUAACGAAGCACUCUUGAAAGACUUGAUAAUUCCAACAAUGCAACAACUUAAAAGUGAUUUGAAAGCUCGUGGUAUUUCCGAUGUACACUUUGCUUUAGUCGGUUAUGGAGGACAAAAAUGGCCAGCACAUUUCACCAAUGGUGGAAAGAUCGAAUAUCAAGGACAACCAACAACAAUCAAAUUUGUAGAAAAAGAAGACAAAAAAUUAAUUGAAUUUGGAAUUCACCCGAAAAUUGAUGCUGUUCUUUUUGAAUUACAAAUAUUGGCUGACGCCGUCAAACGUGAUCUUGGUCUUAAUUCUGCCAACAUGGCUGCAUGGGAAGUAGCUGAAUAUCCAUUCCGUCCAGAUGCUGCACGAUCGGUGAUUGUCAUUCAAGCCCAAAAUUGUUAUGCACACAGAACACGAUUUGGUUUAAGCACUUUAGCACAAAUUUACAUGCAAGAAAAAUACAGAUGGAACGGUGCUACUUUCAAUUUGAUUACUCCAUUGGAUGAUUUAGAAGUUGAAGACAGUAAACAAGCAAAAUCAGUUAUUGGUUUUAACAGAAAUGGUGCUUUCACAUAUGCUGAUGCCAAAAAGAAAACAGUUGAAGGAAAUGCUAAAUUGAAAGACGAACUUGAAUAUCCUGCUGACAGCUGUAUCGAUUUUGCUCAAAGAUCUUCCGGUGCUGUAUUCAGUUCAUCAGCAUUCAAAGAAUGUAAGGGUGGUCAAAAGAAACAAUACAUCCAAGUAGUUUCAAAGGUUAUUACCGAACAAUUAGCUGGAGUUGAAUAUACACGUGAUUGUGUUUGUGGCUUAACAGAUGGAAUUAUUCCAAAAACAUACUGUGUGGUAUCAUCUAAACACGGUCAAAAUACUGAUGUCUCGGGUUUAUUGGGAUCAAUUGCUGGGGCAUUUGAACAUACGGGUGCAAAGGAUAUAAAUUUACCCCUACCACACACAUUAAUUCCUCAUUCUGAUUCUCCUCACUCUCACCCUCACCAUGAAUCCCAUGGUCCCUCGAAAUUCCCUCACUUACAUUCAAAUCACAAACAUUCUGGGCCAAGGCAUGGGUCAAGAAGAGCAAAGGAACGACGAUUUUAAAAAUAAUACCUUAUAAUUAAGGGAGGGGGGUUCCCUCAUCAGCGUAAGAAAAAAAUGGUAUAAUAGUUUUGGAAAAUGAUAUCGACAGAAAACAAGAAUAUUUAUAUAUUUCUCUUCUUAUAUAUGUAUCAGACCACCAAUUUUCACCUCUUAUUAUUAAUAUUUAUAAUCAUAUUCGUUCAUAACAAACAAACAAACAAAAAAACCAAAAACUAAAUAUUUUU